UAAGGUUACCAACAGGCAACAUGGCGGCGGCCCUAGUUAGAAGAACUACUGCCACCAGUCUUUUAAGAAUUCAUCCGGCAUUAUUACCACAACAGGGCAACCUUUCAAGUUACAGCAGUUACUCAUGGGGAAAGAAGAUUGUUCUUGGCACAACAGGUCUAUUAACUGCUGGUGGAUUAGGUCUAGUUGCUGCACUAAACCAUUCUGUAAAAGCAACAGACCUAAUUCUUCAUCCUGCCAAACUGCCAUGGAGCCAUAAAGGAUGGUUUAGCUCUAUAGAUCAUGCCAGCAUCCGACGAGGUUAUGAAGUCUACAAGCAGGUGUGUGCCGCCUGUCACAGUAUGAAGUACAUCGCUUACCGUAAUCUGGUGGACGUAUGCCACACAGAAGCUGAGGCAAAGGCAGAAGCCGAAGAGCAAUUCAUCGAGGAUGGACCGAACGACCAGGGGGAAAUGUUCAAGAGACCCGGCAAGCUGUCCGACUACCUGCCCAAUCCCUAUGCUAACGACGAAGCUGCCCGCUCUGCCAACAAUGGUGCUCUGCCACCGGAUCUCAGCUUCAUGGCCAAUGCACGGCAUGGCGGGGAGGACUAUAUCUUUGCUCUCAUGACUGGAUAUUGCGACCCUCCUGCCGGGACUGAACUAGCUGAGGGCCAGCAUUAUAAUCCCUAUUUCCCAGGAGGUGCCAUCGGAAUGGCCCAGUCAUUAUACAACGAAGUCAUUGAAUAUGAAGAUGGAACACCAGCAUAUGCAAGUCAGCUCGCAAAGGAUGUAUCUACAUUCCUAAGAUGGGCUACUGAACCAGAGCACGACCAGCGUAAGAGAAUGUUGCUGAAGGUUAUGGUCUUCUUCUCGAUCGUCACGCCGAUUCUCUACUACUACAAGCGACACAAGUGGGUGCUGGUGAAGAGCAGGAAGCUGGCGUUCAAGCCGCGCUCGCCGCCACCAUCGUAACCGCGUGCGCGGUGUAGGUCAUUCAUCCCCCCCGUCAAUGUGUGUGCGUGUACAGAGGCAGCAAGUGCUUGAUUAGUGACGUCCUGGCCCGGGUUGGCGAAUGCGAGUGUGUUUUAGUCUGCGGCCGCUGUUCAGCGCUGCACUUUCUCCUGCCAGCGUGCAAUGAUUAAGGUUGCUACGUGCGGUGAAAGGGAACGUAUCGGCGAGCGCUCAAGUGUUUGUCGGUUACCUGUGUGCAACCGAAUAUUCAGAAUCGGCAGCGUCGUAUUUUAUUUCGACAUGCGUGCAUUUACGUUACCAGGUCAGUGAUACACUGGUAAUUAUCCCACAUACUUCGAUAGUGAAUUUUGCAUACUUAAAAUAGGUAACGUCGCUGCACUUGUUAGAAGCUGGCUCUGUUAUGUUGUUGUAUUCGUUAUUGGAAGAACCAGUAACCGUAAGUUUAAGUUAGACCAUUAAAAGUACUAUUCGGUACUUUCUGAAAUAAAGUUAUAAUAAUUAACUACAAUAAAAGCAUAGUCCAAAGUGGACAUGAAAAAUA